AUGACGCAACAGAUCAGCGCAGAAAACUGCUACGAGAUUCUGACAAAAGCCAAGCGGGAAGGCGCGGAGGGCGUGAAGGAGCAGGUCUACGGCUACAUGAGCGACCACUACCUGCAGGUGCUGCGGAGCCCCGCCGUGUACGGCCGGCUCACGGCGGGGGAGAGGGAGCACAUCCUGGCCCGCAGGAUGGAGGGGAGAAAGGUGCUGGCGGUGGCCGAGACCAGCGAGGUGUACGACCGCGGGGGGAGCCGGGACAACAGCCGGCCGCAGAGCCCGCUGCUGCCCGGCCCGGAGGACGCCAACCACCGCCGGGUGUUCUGCCUCGACCCGGAGACCCAGCAGUGGGAGGUGCUGACCAACCUGCCGGAGGAGAUCCCGGCCAAAGGCUCCGGGAUGUGCACCUUGUACAACUACCUGUUCGUGGCCGGGGGGAUGCGGGCGCACGGGGACGGCCGCUCCAAGGCGUCGGAGCGGGUGUUCUGCUACAACCCGCUGACCGGCCAGUGGAGCCAGAUCCGGCCGCUCAGCCAGCCGCGCUGCCAGCUCCGCCUGGUCUCCAUGGACGGCUACCUGUACGCGGUGGGCGGGGAGUGUCUGUUCACGGUGGAGCGCUACGACCCGCGCACGGACCGGUGGCGUCCGGUGGCUCCGCUGCCCAAAGGAACCUUCGCCGUUGCGCACGAAGCGACGUCGUGCGGCGGGGAGCUGUUCGUGUCCGGCGGCUCGCUCUUCUACCGGCUGCUCCGCUACGACUCCCGCCGGGACGAGUGGGAGGAGUGUCCGUUCAACGAGAGCCGGCGGCGGUCCACGGACAUGGUGGCGCACCGCAGCCUCGUGUACCGCUUCGACGUGGACCGGGAGCGCGCCGGGGUGAGCGUGUACAAGUACAACACGGUGGUGAAGGUGUGGCUCGGCGGCGCGUUCUUCCCGCUGGACAACCCGCUGCCGUUCCGCUGCACGGUGCUCGGGGAGCGGAUCUACUGCGUGACCCGGAGCCAGACGCUGCAGUUCGAGGUGUCGGAGGAGCGGGAGGGCUUCCUGCCGGAGGCGCUGCCUUCCCCGGCGGAGGCCAGAGGAGCCCUGGUGCCCUUUGUGCUCACGCUGAGCCGGGACAAGUGAGCUGACAUCCAGCUACAGGUGCAGAGCAGUACUAAGUGAAGCUGCCUUCUUCCUUCCUCGCUUCAUUUCUCCGCGGUGCCUUUUUGUUCUGUUGAUUGCAGUUUUUCACUUGUUGCUGAUGAGCAGCAGGUUCUGACAUGAUUGUUUCCUGACUGUAAACCUGGAGGCUGCUGGUAUGGAUCCAGCGGAAUGUUUGAGACAGAUGCAGUUUUUUCUUCUUUUUUUUUUUACGGAGAGGCUGAAAGUCUCUUUAAUGUUUCUGUGUUUGGACUGAAGAUGUGUCCUGAAGCUGCCUCUUCAUCUCUUCAUCUCCACAGAACCAACAACAGAAAGAAAACUUCAUCAGUCAUGGAGCUAAAAACAGAAAAGUAUUUCAGUGCAACUUUUCAGCAAUUGUGUUGGACAAACUUCAUUUACUUGGGUUGGAUCUACUUCAUUUACCAACGGAACUUUUAUUCUGUAGAACUGCUCCAAUUUAAUUACAUUAACUAUUGGAAAUAAGUUGAAUUAAUAAAUUAUGCUGACUCAGCAGAUCGGCUCGAUGCUGAGAACCUGCUGUCUCAUUGUGUCCAAGAACUUUCCAUGACAGUUUUACGUUCAUGUAAAGAGAUAUGUUUCUGUGUAAGCUCGAUUGUCUCAGUUUUUCCCAACAUGACUGAAUCUAAUAAAUAAAUACUUUGGCUCUGGAGCAGCUCCUGACCUCCAGUCACCUGCAAAAUAAACCUACGAGACACGUGAAGAGCAUCAAACAGCACUGAGACAGUCAAAGUCAACACAUAGCAGCUUCUUCUGGAGCUUUCACCACAUCUCAUGGUCUCCCUCAGCAAACAGUUUGUCCCACCUUUGUUCAUUUUUAGCUUCUUUUUGGAGGCAAAUCUUCACAGUUAAUUGCAAAGAGCAAAAUGGAUUUUGAACAAAUUGUUGUCUCGUCUGCAGUAACAGAGAUGAAGCACCAGAAACGGACCAAACUGUGAAAGCAGAGGAGAAGUCGGCCUGAGAUGAUCUGCAGCCGCAGCAGCAUCCUGUCCUAUAUGCAGCUAUACAUCCAAUAACAAUGCACCAUAUGUACAAUACAAGCUAACAUGAUCAACCAAGAUGACUGUAACUCAGAGCUACACACUGAUCUGAUCAGGACCGGUUCUGAUCCACAUUACAGCUGCUUCACUGACACAAACUACUAUAUGUGGGUGUUAUAAUCUGACUGUUCCCGGUUGCUGCGAUACUCUGAUCAACUGAACUGAACAUGAAUAUAAAAGACAAUUUCUGCUCGAAGCAAAUAUUGUUUUCUUUGAGGUUUUUCUCUUUAUUGCACUUUGGAUGAAGUUCAUUCAUAAAUAAAAAGAACUGUUUGUGGGAUUCUC